UACGACUUGUCGCUUGCUGGAAUUAUAAUUGGACGUUAAUAGAAUUUCUUGAUAAGAAAGUACAACCCACUCGAAGCUUCACUGUUGCACUGCACCUGAUUAAUUGUUCGUUUCUGAUUGCGACGCCCCACGCAUCCCAAAUGCCCGCAGCUAUGCCCCCAAAGACACCGCACCAGGUUUAAUUAACUGUCCCCAGCCGAAAAACGCAAUCGAAAGGUAAACACGACCUGGUAACACGUCACAGUACCAGUACGCAAUGUUGUUGUUGCAUAUGUCUGAUCGAAAGUUUUGGGGUAUUGGGUAUUGCGUAUUCCGGCAUCGGUAGGGCCUCCGCUGAGGUUUGCGUUUGCCGACGGUCUGGGCCAUUGACAGUUUUCGGCUCGGGGUUCGACUUUCAGUUGGGUUCGCGCCGCCCAGCGUUCACGUUGAGACUCCAAUCAGAGACAGAGAGAGUCCACGGAUUUCACUUUCGUCUUGAGCAGAUUUCGUAACGCAAGCCAAAAGAUGCGCCAAAAACUAAAGCUGCACCUGAUUUUGCUGCUGGGUCUGUGCGUCUUUAUAAAUCGGACCCACGCCCAGUUGAUAGGCGGAGACGAAGAUGAGGAGGAGGAGGAGGAAGAGGAGGAGGAGGAGAGCGUGGAGGACGAGACCUUCGAGGAGAAGCUGCAGCGUAAGAACAUCAAGCAGGACUCGAGUCUCAGUGUGGACAAAUUAAUUGCCAAGUACGGCUAUGAGGCUGAAGUGCAUCAUGUGACCACCGAGGACGGGUACAUCCUGACAAUGCACCGCAUUCGCAGUCAGGGCUCCCAGCCCUUCCUGCUCCAGCACGGACUUGUGGACAGCUCGGCGGGUUUCGUGGUAAUGGGCCCCAACGUGAGCCUGGCAUAUUUGCUGGCUGACCACAACUACGACGUCUGGCUGGGGAACGCACGCGGUAAUCGCUACUCGAGGAAUCAUACCAGCCUCGACCCGGACGAGUCCAAGUUCUGGGACUUCAGUUGGCACGAGAUAGGCAUGUACGACCUGCCAGCAAUGAUCGAUUAUGUGCUAAAGGUCACCGGCUUCCAGCGGCUGCACUAUGCCGGACACUCCCAGGGCUGCACCUCGUUCUUCGUGAUGUGCUCGAUGCGCCCGACAUACAACGAGAAAGUCAUCUCCAUGCAGGCCCUGGCGCCUGCAGUCUACGCCAAAGAGACCGAAGACCAUCCCUACAUACGAGCCAUAAGCCUGUAUUUCAAUAGUUUGGUGGGCAGCUCCAUCAGAGAAAUGUUCAACGGAGAAUUCCGUUUCCUGUGCCGCAUGACCGAGGAGACGGAGCGACUGUGCAUCGAGGCCGUCUUCGGGAUAGUAGGACGCAACUGGAAUGAGUUCAACAGGAAAAUGUUCCCCGUUAUCCUGGGUCAUUACCCGGCCGGAGUGGCCGCCAAGCAGGUGAAGCACUUCAUACAGAUCAUCAAGAGCGGCCGGUUUGCCCCCUACAGCUACAGCUCCAACAAAAACAUGCUUCUGUACAGGGACCACCAGCCGCCGCGGUACAACCUCAGCCUGGUGACAGUGCCCACCUUUGUGUACUACUCCACGAACGACUUGCUCUGCCAUCCCCGCGACGUGGAGUCGAUGUGCGACGAUCUGGGGAAUGUGACAGGCAAGUACCUGGUGCCCGUGAAAGAGUUCAACCACAUGGACUUCCUCUGGGCCAUCGAUGUACGGAAGAUGCUCUAUCAGCGAAUGCUGCAGGUGCUCGGCAAGCUGCCGGAGGAUCCCCAAGGAGAAGGCCGGGCUGUUCGAGUCAGUCGGGGAGCACGCGGACGUGGCCUACAUGCGAUCUGAGCGAAUCUUGAGGGAGCGGAACCUAUACACUUAGUAUUUAUUUAUUUAUUUAUUUGCCUCUGUUCGACUUAGCUUUAAAUAUGGAAGAGAUAUUUGCAUACAAUUUCGGGGUUUCAAAUA